AUGGCAAAGGAUGAAUCACAUGAGGAAGUGGUUCCGCUGGAUAAGAUUGAAUUACAAAGUAAAAAUGUAGUAUACGGCAAUACAACGUAUCCUUAUACAACCCUCAUGGGAUUUUUGGAUAAAAAUGAGCAGGACGACUUUUUCAAAGGCUAUAAAUUUAAGCUUUGGAUAAAGUUACUGCCAUUUCUCAGCUGGGAUGCCGAGCGCUUUCUCAAAUAUUCUACAGAUGAUUUAGUAUAUGGAACUGAGGAUUCCACAGCAUUCUUCCCACUUCUUCCAUAUUUGUCUAAUUUAGCAGGAAAAUGUCUUGGGUUAUGUCACAAAUUUCUCAUUGAUAAAGGCUUUUUUAACGAUGGAACAGAGCUACCUAAAUUCAUGUAUAUAGCAAUAGCCGGUCUUUUAAUCACAAAUGUAUCUGCAAUAAUAUCUGCAGUUCUAAUAUAUCUCUUGUGCUGGAAAUUGCUACUCAGGCGAAAAUGUUUAAACGAUCUGGGAGAUGGAUAUUUUGACACCGGAAUACGUUGGACAGGAGUAUAUGAAGAAGUGAAAUUUAAAAAAAUUGAAAGAAUUUCAUAUCUAGCAAGUAUACUAUAUAACAUCUGCCCUGCAGCAAUUCACGCAAGUGCUCUAUACACCGAGAGCGUCUUUUCACUCUUUUCUUUCCUUGCCAUAUUAUGCUUAUUUGAGGCUGAAGAAAUAUUUUACAGUAAAGAAUACUCUAGUUUUUUAUACACACUACAAAAGUACAUUUUAGAAAUCGCGGCUGUCUUUCUAUUUUUUUUAUGUUGUUUUCUAAGAUCAAAUGGUAUCAUGUUAGCGAUUCCUCUAUUCUUUCAUACUCUCAGGACGUGCCCACUGUUGUCUAAAUUUAACAUUUUAAUGGAACAUUAUAAACCAAUGUGGACCGAAAGGAAUGAAAGAAGCAGUAAACUAUAUUUUGUUAUCGCAGCAAUUUUUCAUUGGAUAAAGGCAGCAUUUUAUGCCGCUACGCUUGCAUUGCCACUUAUUUGCCUGCAGUUUUAUGGAUACGUUGUAUAUUGCCUAGUAACACCUUUGGAUGAUAUAAAACUUUUGAGCUUCCCUAAAUUUCUGCGGGCAGCACUUACUAAAGGUGGAAUAAAAAGGUUUUUGGGAAGGGCUUCCCUACCAACAGAGCAUAGAAGCUGGUGCAACUCGAGAUUUCCAAACAUAUAUAAACAUGUACAAAAGGAAUACUGGAACCUCGCUCUAUUCUGGAUCUUGAGGAAUCCGGUACGGCUCCAUAUGCUUUUAUACACUGGAGGAACAAUUAUGAUUUGUGUAUUCUGCUUGAUUAGGUACAAGAACUUUGUCAGGGAACUAUACAGGAAACUCUAUGACUAUAGAUUGGGGCAAGAUGGGAAAACUGGAGGUUUAUGCUCAAAAAUCACGCUUCUAGUCUCUUUACUUUCUCAUCCAGAGGUUGGACUAGUGUUGCAUUUAUUAUCAACCCUUUUUACUUUUUUAUUCUAUGGUCACACAAAUGUGUUAAUGAGACAAACUCUCUGUUUAAUUGCCUAUCAUUUGCACUUUGCGAUUAUUGUGGAAAGGAUACGUCAUAUUAACCACUGGAAAUGGGAGAGUCUUUGCAAAUUGGACAUUGAAAUAAUGGUAGCGUUUUUCCUACUUUUGCAAAACGUUUUGCUCUGCUUUAUUGGAAUCGCAUUAUUUUCAAAUUUUUUAGGAUGGACCUAA